AUGGCGUCCAACAACAUUCUUCACAUUCUUUUCCUCACCGUCCUUUCCUUCACCUCUACUGCUUUGGCGGCCUUUGGCGUCACCACUUCUGGCAGCAACCUCGUUGUCGAUGCCGGCUCAUCCAACUCUCUCGUCUUCUCCGUCUCCAAGUCCAGCUGCGACAUCAACUCCAUCAAGUAUCGUGGCAAUGAGCUCCAGUACGGCAGCAAGGGCAGCCACAUCAGCUCUGGCCUGGGUACCGCCACCGUCGAGUCUACCACCAUCAAGGCGAGCACAGGCAAUGUCAUCAAGAUUACUUGCACCACCUCUACUUUGACCCACUACCUCAUCGUCAAGGAGGGCGAGGCCAACAUCUACAUGGCCACUUACAUCACCGCUGAGCCUGAUAUUGGCGAGCUCCGCUUCAUUGCCCGUCUCAACAAGGACAUUCUUCCCAGCGAAUACCCCUUCGGUGUUGUAUCCACCACCGCCGGUUCUUCAUCCACCGUCGAGGGCUCCGAUGUCUUCGUUGUCAGCGGCCAGACCCGUUCCAAGUUCUACUCCUCCGAGCGCUUCAUCGACGACAAGGUCCGCUGCGUCUACGGCACCUCCCCCGAGGAGAUCCACGUCUGCAUCUCCGUCAACCCUUCCACCGGUUUCGAAUUGUCCUCCGGUGGCCCCUUCUUCCGUGACAUCAACACCAACAACGCCGGCGACUCCACGAACCUGUACAACUACAUGAACAGUGGUCACGUCCAGACCGAGGCCUUCCGCAUGGGUCUCCACGGUCCUUACGUCAUGAGCUUCUCCCGCUCCGGUAUUCCCAAGGCCACCGACUUCAACUACGACUUCUACGCCGACCUCAGCCUCAAGGGCUACGUCGCUGCCUCGGGCCGUGGUACUGUCACUGGUACUGCCUCGGGCAUCUCCUCCAGCUUCCAGCGUGUUGUUCACUGGUACAACGCCAAUGCUCAGUACUGGGCCUACGCUUCCUCCAGCGGAGCUUUCACUUCUCCCGCCAUGAAGCCCGGUACCUACACCAUGGUCCUCUACCAGACCGAGUUCAAGGUUGCGACCUCUUCCGUUACUGUGACCGCCGGCAAGGCCACUACCGCCAACAUCGCCAGUGGCCUGGCCUCUCACACCAGCCUCUGGAAGAUUGGCGAGUACGACGGCCAGCCCACCGGCUUCCGCAACGCUGCCAACCAGCUCCGUAUGCACCCCUCUGACAGCCGCAUGAGCAGCUGGGGUCCUCUGACCUACACUGUCGGCUCUUCAGCCCUCACCGACUUCCCCAUGGCCGUCUUCACUGCCGUCAACAACCCCGUCACCAUCAAGUUCACCCUCUCUUCUGCCCCCAGCGGUGCCGCUACUCUCCGCAUUGCCACCACUCUGUCCUUCGCCAGUGGACGUCCCGUUGCCAAGGUUAACAGCUGGAGCGGCGCUACCCCUGCUGCACCCACCAAGAUCGACUCUCGUGGUGUUACCCGCGGUGCCUACCGCGGCUACGGAGAGAUCUACGACUUCACUAUCCCUGCUGGCACUCUCGUUUCUGGCUCCAACACUGUCACCAUCACCGUUGCUUCUGGCAGCAGUGGCGACACCUACCUGAGCCCCAAUGUCAUCUUUGAUUGCGUUGAGCUCUUCCAGUAA